CCAACCCCUCCCAUCUGAGAGAACUGGACCUGAGCUACAAUCAUCCAGGAGACUCAGGAGAGAAGCUUUUGUCUGCUGGACUGAAAGAUCCACACUGGAGACUGGACACUCUCAGCCUGCAGCCUGCUGGAGAACGAUGGUUGACACCAGGUCUGAGGAAGUAUGCCUGUGAACUGGAACUGGAUCCAAACACAAUGAACAGAAAACUCAAACUGUCUGAUAACAACAGGAAGGUGACACGUGUGGAGGAGGUUCAGUCAUAUCCUGAUCAUCCAGACAGAUUUGAUUACUGGCUUCAGCUGCUGUGUAGUAAUGGUCUGACUGGUCGCUGUUACUGGGAGGUCGAGUGGAGAGGAGAAGUUAGUAUAUCAGUGAGUUACAGAGGAAUCAGCAGGAAAGGAGACAGUGAUGACUGUUGGUUUGGAUGGAACGAUCAGUCCUGGAGUCUGUGGUGCUCUGAUGAUCAUGGUUACUAUGCCUGUCACAAUAAGAUAGAAACACACAUCUCCUCCUCCUCCUCUUCCUCCUCCUCCUCCUCCUCCUCUGUCUCUAACAGAGUAGCAGUGUAUGUGGACUGUCCUGCUGGCACUCUGUCCUUCUACAGAGUCUCCUCUGACACACUGAUCCACCUCCACACCUUCAACACCACAUUCACUGAACCUCUGUAUCCUGGGUUUACAGUCUGGCCUGGUUCCUCAGUGUCUCUGUAGGACAGACAGUCUGCAGACAGACGGUUCAGUCUGAACAGGAUCACACACACAGCUGGUAUUUAGUACCAACAUGAUCUCUCAUUUAUUUAAUAAAUCAUUUUAUUUUGUCAUCCAGAGAAUUAUUUAUUGUAAUUAUAAAGUAGUGUUUCUCAUAAAUCAUUUCUAGUCCAGAAUGAAGGACUGUCAGUAGGAAGAGUUACAGCUGCAUCAUUGAGUGUGUCGUUAUGUUUUAUGUUCAUGUGGAGCGUUACACUCUGAACUACAUUAAAGGCUCUGGUCAUGUGACAUGUUGACCAAUCACAGAUCAGUCUUUGUUCCUUCAGAGUCUCUGAAUGGUUGUUGAGAUGAGCUGAUGUCACUCUGUGUCUUAUUGUACAAUA